AUGCCGAAUGAAUACACGGCCACAUCUCCGGAGAGCAGCCGCCGUCUGGCGGGAACCGCUUCUCAGUUCUUUUUCGGGGCACAGAUCGGGUUUUCUCAGAUCAUCCUUCUCAACGACCGCUUGUCGAAGGCUGUUGAUGAUAACGCGGUCGAGAUUGCUAACCUCAAGAAGAAUCUGGAAGGAGGUCGUGCAGCAUUGGAGAAAGAGCUGCGUCAGCAAAUAGGGAAAAGUUUUGAUGAGGAGUUAGCUCGGAAGGACAAGGAGUUAGCAGACGAGAGGGAGGCGUCCAGGCUGAUUCGGGAGGAAAGGGACCGCCUCCAAGACUCGCUUCGGAAGUCGGGUGAGAUUGAGAAGACUCUUUUGGAAGAGCAAGACGCAUUGAGCAAGGAGGUAGCCGCCCUGAAGCUGGAGAAGACCGCUCUGGAGGAGAAGCAUGAAGCGGAGGUGGCCGCUGCCCGGGCCGAGGUGGGCCCCGCCUACCUUAAGUCUGCAGAGUUCCUGGCCUAUGAUAAGGCAAAAUAUAAGGAGGUGGUUGGCAAUGUGGUGGCCGCCAUUCGUCAUUUGGUCCGUGAGGAGUGCCCCGACUUGGGCUGGGACUCUGACCGUGUGUGGGAUGCGGUUGGUCAGUGGUCCUCCUUGGAUGUGAAUUCGGAGGCGGACGACUCAGAGGAGGAUGGAGAGGACACCGAGCAAGGUGAUGCGGAUGAAGGAGGAUCUCCAGCGGUCUGA